CACACUUCUCACUGUAAUUCAUUUGGAGGGAAAUUAAAAAGCUAAAGAGCUCAGUCUCGCCUUGUUUUAGGGUUGCUUUCUUGUUUUAUGAUGCUUUCAAUAAUCUCAAGUUUUCAGAUCUUCCUUAUCAUGAAAAGAAAGCUUUCAAGAGGGCAUGCAACACACAAAACUCUUCAUUUUCUCUUACACCGCUGAAGAUUUACAAAAGGGCGAGUGAUCUAAAUCAUUAAGGAGUUUAUGUGUGGGAAGGGGAGUAAUCUGAGAUUUUCAUGGAGAAAGAGUAGAUCGGGCUUCCAUAGAACAACUUUACACACAAGUCAUGCACAACCUACUAAAGAUUGCUUUUCAUAGAGAUAUAAGAUCUCCGAGUGUAACGCUUGAAGGUGACAUUUUUCAGCCAAGUGGUCUUCUUACAGGUGGAAGUCGCAAGGGAGGGGGUGAGUUGUUAAGGUGGCUUCAUGCAUUGUCAAAUGCAGAGACUGAGCUUGCUAUUCAUCAAAACAAGCUAGCAAGGAUUGAAGCAGAAGUACAUCCAUAUUUUUAACAUUUUUUUUUUUUAACUAUAUAUUUGAAUGAAUAUGAUUUGUCAUGAAAUAGGGAAUGCCAAAUAACAUGCCUUGGUUCUAAACGCAUUUUUUAAAAGGGAACAAAAAUAUAGAGCAUAAACAAAAUACAAAUCUCUAUGUACAUAACAUAUUAACAGUAAACAAUGUAGACAAUUCCUAAUGUAAAACUGUUACUAUCUUGCCAUGAGUUUUUACAUACAAUGGUUUGAGAAUCAUGUACCACUUCCUUUCA